CUAUAUACUCAGGGCGUAAGUCGUCGGAUCUUGUGCUAAAGAAUUGAAAUUAUGUGUGGCUUGAGUAAGGAUGCUUCACUGAUUAGCGCUACGAAUGAUUGAGAUUAUGAGCAAAUUUACCAAGAGUACAUCAUUCAACCGCAGCUUGGGUUCUUUGAGCUUUGGAAGCCCAAGAACUUCAAGUAUUAGUAGCCCUGUAUCCUCAGCUUUAGGAAGCCCGAGAACCCUGAGUUUUGGAAGCCCAAGGGUUAGUCGAUUCAGCUGGGUGUCCCGUUUGUUUCAGGUUCUUGUCAUCGUUGGAUCUUUGGUUUCAUUCUUUAUAGUCAUAGGUGGCGGUUAUAUGUAUGUUCUUCCUACCUUCAGUCAGGCAUUUCUUGGAUAUGGUGUCUCCCAAUUGAACACUUCAAGGGGAGAGUGUGAUAUAUUUGAUGGAAAUUGGGUCACGGAUAAUGAAUAUCCGUUGUAUAAUGCUUCAGAUUGCCCUUUUGUGGAACAAGGAUUCAAUUGUUUAGGAAACGGACGUAGAGAAGAGGAUUAUCUUAAGUGGAGGUGGAAACCAAAGCUAUGUGAUAUCCCAAGGUUGAACGUUCAUAAUGUUCUGGAAAGGCUUAGGGGUAAGAGGGUUGUUUUCGUUGGAGAUUCUAUGAGCAGAACCCAGUGGGAGUCAUUGAUAUGCUUGCUAAUGGCUGGUGUAGAAGAUAAGAACAGUGUCUAUGAAAUAAAUGGGAAUAAGAUAACAAAAAGGAUAAGAUUUUUAGGUGUGCGGUUCAGUUCUUUCAAUUUUACUAUUGAGUUCUUUCGCUCUGUUUUCUUGGUACAACAUGGUUGGGUGCCUAGACAUGCACCCAGGCGGGUUCGAUCAGCACUCAAAUUGGACAAGUUGGAUGAUAUCAGCAGUGAGUGGAUUAAUGCAGAUGUUCUCAUAUUCAACACAGGACAGUGGUGGGUGCCAGGGAAGCUUUUUGAAACAGGUUGCUACUUUCAGGUUGGAAACUCAUUAAAGCUUGGAAUGUCAAUUCCUACCGCCUUCAGACUAGCAUUAGAAACUUGGGCAUCAUGGAUUGAGCAAACAAUCAACACAAGUAAAACACACAUCUUUUUUCGGACAUUUGAGCCAUCUCAUUGGAGGGACCAAACUCACAGGUUAUGCAAUGUGACGCAUCAACCUAUAGCGGACACCAAAGGAAGGGACCGAAGUAUAUUUUCAGACACCAUCUUGGAUGUGAUAAAGAAUAUGACAGUUCCUGUAACAGUUUUGCAUAUAACUUCUUUGUCGGCAUUCCGCAGUGAUGCACAUGUGGGUUUGUGGAGUGACAACCCAUCUGUUCCUGAUUGUAGCCACUGGUGUCUACCAGGAGUUCCAGAUAUGUGGAAUGAAAUUUUUCUGUCAUACGUGAUUGCUAACUUUAAACAUAACCAAUGACAUGUCACUGUAUCAAACAAUUUCAUUUUUGCAAGAUCAAGCUGAUGAAACUUCUAAUUCCAAAGGAUGGAGUAGAUGACUCUCCCUUGAAUCUUCUUCUAUCCUUCAGCCAACUAAUCCCUCAAGAAAAGAACCCCCUUUCUAAAAUGUAGAGUCACACAGAUAAGAGUUUUGUAAAAGAAACUGAUUUUUUCAUUCUUUCUCCAUUUUAUUUUCCUUUCAAUUUUCAUCUUUAGGAGAGGAGCUGCAAUUUGGUUUCCGUGGUGUAAAAAGAAAGUUUGAUUCUGGCAGUAAUCAAAAUUUUGGUAGUGAGGCUUCU